UUUAGCCAUGAUAAAGAAAGGAAUGCAGUAACCACAGGAGAGGAAAAGGCUACCUAAGGAAGAAAACAUUUGAACAGGGAAUCAUAUUCUCUGCCACCGCCCAAGAAAAAUGUCACGUCCAGCAAACAGAAGACCAGAGAACCACAAAAUAAGCAGAGAGCUUCUUGUGCUCACCUAUGGUGCUUUGGUAGCCCAGCUGUGUAAGGACUAUGAAAAAGAUGAAGAUGUCAACAAAUAUUUAGACAGCAUGGGACACAACAUUGGCAUCAGGUUGGUUGAAGACUUCUUGGCUCGCUCUGCUGUGAAGAAGUGCCAGAGUUAUUCUGAAACCACAGAGAUAAUUGCACAGGUUGCUUUUAAGAUGUAUUUAGGUGUCACCCCUAGUGUGACUUGUAAUAGCGCAAUGGGAAAUGAAUUCUCCCUUAUUCUGGGCAAGAAUCCCCUAGCAGACUUUGUGGAGGAGCUGCCAGCAGGACGAUCUUCACUGUGCUACUGCAGCCUCCUGUGUGGUGCCAUUAGAGGUGCUCUGGAAAUGAUACACCUAGCUGCUGAAGUCACUUUCAUUCAGGAUACUUUGAAGGGGGAUGAUGUGACAGAAAUCGGAAUUACGUUUUUAAAGAAGAUUGAAGACAAAAAACACAAGAGAAAUAAGUCCAACCAACAUCCGAAGUAGCUACAUAUGGAUAGCUUCUAUGAUGACCCUUUUUACCCACCUAGGAAGAGAAUCUUUCUGAUCCAGAAAGGGCAAUCCACACAGAACAAGGCCUCUGUGCAUGGCUUUCCUUCUGCAUCAGGCCCUGCAUGCCCCAAGUUUUGCUAUGUGGAGCAAGAUUUCUGCCAUAUGCCUCUGAAUAUCCGUUGCAGGAG